AUGACCCAUACGUCUCCUUGCAGUUAUCUGGUCUGGACGACGCUCGUCGCCUUGGUUGGAUCCUUCCUCAUCUUCCAUCUGUGGUCAUUCGAUAGAUUCAAAUGCCUGAGAUGGAACAACGGUCCCCACAACGGAGCCUUCAAGCGUUUCAUGACCUACUCAUAUCUAACAACGUUACCGCUGAUAUUUGUUUACGCUCUGGGCAACACGAUAAUCAAGUAUCGCGAAGGCUUCAUUGUCCAUCCUGAACUAGGAGUCAUCCCCAAGCCUCAUCAGCUCUGGUCCAAAGCCUCUCAUGACACCAUUUUCCCUCUCAUGCUCGUUUUCUCCAUCGCCUGGGGCCUGGAAAUGGUAACCCACCUGGAAGAACUCUGCUUCUGGCUCUUCCUUGUCAACUCUGGCUCUUCCCAACAAAACUGGUUCAAUUCCCACUACUUCAAGACAUGGAUUGUUGGCUCCGUUGUCGCGAUUAUUUACAUGCCCUUGGUUACGAUCUUUACCAGACACGACGCACUCAAGGCUGAAGCAUACACCUUCCUUGCGGGAAGUCUUGGAAGUCUAUGUUUAACGCUGUGGUUCACCCCCAUUCUAUGGACCUUCCCGAACUUCUUGAACAACCUAAGAAGAGAAGGCGUUGACACUGGCACCGUCGUUCGUCUGACCAAAUUCGCAGAGCUGAAUACGAUUCGCGUUAUCUUCCGCUUCCUUUUUACCGUCCCACUCCUGAUUCUUGGCGUUGACGGUGUGAGGCCACACCACCACAUCAACGAGAAAAUGGUGUUCACCGAUUUGCUGGUUGUCAUCGCCGGUUUCGGAUGCGCUAUUUCUUCCGCUAUCACUCUUCUUAUCUUCUUCCCUCGUUCAAUUGAAGGAGAGAUUGCCGCCCGCGAUGCAAGAAAGGAGAAGAAACGCUUAAAGUCACAAGGAGCCAUGACAGUCGAUGCUGCGGCCGCUUCUCAGAUUGGAACGGACCUGAAAGCCACCUUCGGUCCUCAAAGUAUCGACGAAACGUUGGAAGAUGAUCGCGCGAGGGGUUCGAUCUCGACUCAUGACCACAAGAAACAGCGACUUGCUGAGGAGGACAUGGAUACGCUGCCAUCGCUUCGUAGUGGAAACCGCAGACGCGGAAAAGACAUUGAGUUGGGUGGAAUGGGAGCCGAGGCAACCUUGACCGAGUCGAAUCUCUCCCUUCACAAUAUGCAAUAUGGAAAUAUCAGCGCCGCCGUUUCGAAUUUCACUUCUCCAAUCGACUUUGCAUAUGCUUCUGAAGGGUUCCAACAACAGAACCAUUCACGGCUGACUUUCAACCGAAGUCGAAACCGCUUCUAA